AUGUCUGAUCACCGAGAAGAACCCAGCAACAACAACGACAAGCUCUUGUUGGAAGCCAUGAUGGCUGAAAUGAAAAAAAUGAUGGCUGCUCAGUUUCAUCAAUUUCGACAAGAGAUCCAUCAACAUCAGUGUUAUGCGAGACCAGACAGAGAACCAAGGACAAAUAAUCCUGGACAAUUGCCAGAGAGGGUCAGAGAAAAAGUCAGGCCAACGAACGAUCCAGAUGCUUCUCUAGAGUGGAAAAAGAAAAUUGAAUUAGUGUUCAACUGUCAGCACUACACUGAGAUCAACCGGGUGAGAGUGGCAGCAACAGAGUUCUAUGAUUAUGCCCUCAGCUGGUGGAAUCAGGUAGUCACUUCUCGUAAGCGCAAUGGAGAAUACCCUGUGGAAUCUUAA